AUGGCCGACCAGAUCGUUCUCCCUUCCCCCGCAGACUUCCACGUCCACGUCCGCCAGGGCGCCAUGUGCGAGCUCGUCACGCCCCACGUCGCGCUUGGCGGUAUCCGUACUGCCUAUGUCAUGCCCAACCUCGUCCCGCCUCUCACCAAGACCGAGAACGUGCUUGCCUACAAGGCCGAGCUGGAACGUAUCGCUCCCAGCGUCGAGUGGCUCAUGACCCUCUACCUCCACCCCGAGGUGACCCCCGACGAGAUCCGCAAGGCCGCCAAGGCUGGCGUCAAGGGCGUCAAGUCGUACCCCCGCGGCGUCACCACCAACUCGUCGAGCGGUAUCGAGGACUACGGCCUCUACUACCCCGUCUUCAAGGCUAUGGAGGAGGAGGGCAUGGUUCUCAACCUCCACGGCGAGGUUCCCAGCGACGACGAGAAGAACAUCUCCAUCCUGAACGCCGAGAAGCACUUCCUCGAGCACCUGCGCAAGAUCGCUGCCGCCUUCCCCAACCUCCGCAUCGUUCUCGAGCACGCCACCACCGCCGAGGCUGUCGAGUGUGUCGCCUCGCUCCCUGCCAACGUCGCGUGCACCUUCACCGCCCACCACCUGUGGCUCACCAUUGACGCUGUCGCGCCCCAGCCCCACCACUUCUGCAAGCCCAUCGCCAAGGAGCCCCGUGACCGCGCCGCGCUGCAGAACGCCAUCAAGAGCGGCAACCCAAAGUUCUUCCUGGGUUCCGACUCUGCGCCGCACCCGAGCGCGUCCAAGACGCCCUCGAUCUCCGACUCGGGCGAGCUCCACUCGUGCGCCGCCGGCUGCUACACCUCGCCCUUCCUCGUCCCCCUGGUCGCCACCCUCCUCGAGGGCUUUGGCGCCAUUGACAAGCUCGCCGGCUUUGUCUCGGACCACGGCCGCGCCUUCUACAAGGUCCCCGCCAAGGAGGGCUCGAGCGUCACCCUCCGCCGUCCCGCCGUCCCGAACCAGGUCCCCGUGCGUCUCGGCGAGGGCGCCCUCGAGGUCGUUCCCUUCUGGGCUGGCAAGGAGCUCGCGUGGGAGAUUGUCAACAACUAG